CUGGUAAAGCCGGUAUUUUACCUGGAGUCUGUGGUGCACCUUGGCAAUCAAAGUAUUGUCCAUAUCCUCCUAUUGCUGGUAUCAAACCGGAAGAAUUUGAUUAUUUCCACGAAUUUAUUAUUACAGAUGAAUUGGCUCGUUGUGGAUCAGGAGGUAUUCUGUGGGGUUUAACGGGUGGUUUGGGUAUCGGUCUUCCACCCAUCAUAAAAUUUGGGUCUGAUGAACUCAAACAGAGGGUUGCUCCAGAAUGUUAUGCGGGAACAAAAAAUAUCUGUCUUGCUAUUACAGAACCUUAUGCUGGAUCCGAUGUUGCCAAUAUUAGAACUGAAGCCAAGCUUACGGACGAUGGCGAACACUAUAUAGUUAACGGAGAGAAGAAAUGGAUCACAAAUGGUGUGUUUGCUGACUAUUUCACCACUGCGGUUCGCACGGGUGGUCCAGGAAUGGGUGGAAUCUCUCUUCUUUUGAUUGAGAGAACGAGACCAGGUGUUAAGACCCGUCAAAUGCAAUGUUCAGGUGUAUGGGCUUCAGGUACCGCUUAUGUCACAUUUGAAGAUGUAAAAGUUCCAAAAAAUAAUUAA